CCCACACUCAUUAUUUAAUAUACCAAACGAUACAUCGUAGAAAUAAAAUGACACCCUAGGUAUGUACCGCAAAUCGCGUCGGCGAGCGACAAGCAUAACUAUUUGCGUUUGUGGGUUGAAAUUAACGACUAUUGCUCAUCGCGGUUGUCAUAAGUAUAUAUAAUUGAAAGCGAUUGCAAUCCUACAUUUAGCUUUUAGGAUCUGUUCCCGACAUGGUAAGCACAUCUGAAGCUGGCUGGUGUCUUUCUCCUAGAGUAAAAGUGCUCUUACCAUACCUUGCGAAGACACUGAUAGCUAGAUUCUACCUCCCCAGGUGCGGACGGAUGUGUCUCAUUCAUCCUGGUCGUAGUGAUAUUGGGCAAUCUAUCUCAAUGUCGCAAUUGUGAUUCAAUCAAGUCGCCAUCAACACUAAUCACGCAUGAGAUGUAUCCGCCUUGACACCCACUGAGUUGACACGAGCAUCUUGCUUAUUUCCCGAGACCUCUUUUGUAAUUUCGGUGACUCGCCUUCUAGGUAACUCCGUUCAAAGCUACGCGCAUUUUCGGGUGGAGUCGAGCAUUCAAACAAUUAAACAAUGAUCGAGAAACUUGGGCAGCUCAUCAAAUCAAUACUGUACCCUGUAAGAGUUGGUUGCAAUUGCUCUUGCGACAGUCAUCUGGUCAGCAGCAUAGGAUUGAUGCCUUGUGCUGGCGAUCCGAAAUCAAUGAGUCUAGUCUCAAUGACCACCGUUGUGCGCACUCAUACCUUCCCUAAUUGGCAGUAGCAUUAUUUCUACCUCCUUACAGCCUUUGCAUGUGACAGCUGCCUCUCGUGUUUCGUCGAGCGUCUUUGUGCAAAAUUCCGAAGAUGAUGAACGGAUAGGCUGAGUGGCUCGGAACAGUGCUGCCUAGAAACCCCUUCUAUCAGCUCCAGCCACAGAGGAGAAAGCCCCCCGUCCCCAUCGCCCGUACUAAGCGGCCCCCACAUCCUCGUACUUGGCAUAAGAUGAUACCAUACUGUACGACUGUAAGUAUUGGCAUGUCUCUCUAGAAACCUAGUACACGUGGCUAAUAUACCAAUCAUAUUCAUCCCAACAUAAAUGUUCUUAUUUUACCUAUUCGUAGUUUAGUGUACUCCAGUCGUACCAUCGUAUAUCAGAAUGGACUGUAUGCAAGAUUGCGUACAUGCAAUAGCUAUCUAUACUGCAUCAGGAUGUCUUGUUUGGGGCUCUGCGGACCUCGCCACUUCCAUGGGUAUUU